AUGUGUCAAUCCGUAAAUUCGGUCGAGUAUUUAGGGGAAGAAAUGACCGCUGCCCUUAUCGGGGCACUUUUCGAACAGGUAUACGAACGCCUCGGUCAUAACCCAAAUGACGACCUCGAGACGCAAAUGUGUGCCUGGUCAUACAAAUCUAAAAUUAUCGAGGACGAAGACCUUAGUGAGAUCGAUGAAUGGCAUAAGGAGCUGUAUCGACACUUUUGCUUGGAAGCGAUGAAGAAUCCGGCGAUUGAUCUCCAGGGUCUUGGACAUACGACAGGUUCAUCGUUGUAUUUGACGAGUGCAUAA